CACCGGCCCAGGCCCUCAGGGAGGGGGCAUAGUUAGCCGGAAUGGAAGGAGGAGCCGCUGCACCUUUAAGUGUCAUUGGAGGAAGCGACAGCCGGGGAGCUGAUAUAUAGAGGGCAGGCCGGCCGCCGCAACCGAGUGUGGGGUGCCCCCGACCUGACCCGAGAGAGCCAGCCUGUGAGCUGCGCUGCUGGCGCCGGAGGGUCAGAGCCUAGGCCGACCCUAACUAAGGAGGUCAGGGCGAGGCGAGCAGUGUGGGUGACCAUGGCCACGCUGCUGGGCGCGUACCCCUGGCCGGACGGGCUGGAAUGCCCAGCUUUGGACGGUGAGCUUUCCGACGGGCUGGCGUCCCCAGCACCCCAUCGUACCUCGGGGGAUAAAAGCUCUGAGAGUCGCAUCCGCCGGCCCAUGAACGCCUUCAUGGUGUGGGCCAAGGACGAGAGGAAGCGUCUGGCAGUGCAAAACCCCGACCUGCACAACGCGGAGCUCAGUAAGAUGCUGGGAAAGUCCUGGAAAGCUCUGACCCUCUCCCAGAAGAGGCCGUACGUGGACGAAGCUGAGAGACUCCGGGUACAGCAUAUGCAGGACUAUCCCAACUACAAGUACCGCCCUCGUAGAAAGAAGCAGCUCAAGCGCAUCUGCAAACGGGUGGACCCAGGUUUCCUGCUGAGCAGCCUGUCCCGGGACCAGAACUCCCUCCCGGACAAGAGGUGUGGCGGCAGGGUUUCUGUGGGGGAGAAGGAGGAACAUGGUGAGUACUCCCCGGCUACGGCCCUUCCCAGCCUCCGGGGCUGCUACCAGGAGGUGCCCGGCGGCAGCUGCACCAGUGGCAGCAGCUCCACCAGCAGUGUGGAUGCCUACCCGUUCGGGCUGCCCACCCCACCAGAAAUGUCUCCUUUGGAUGUCCUGGAGCCUGAGCAGACCUUCUUCUCUUCCCCCUGCCAGGAAGAGCACUCUCGCUCCCACCGGCUCCCACACAUCUCAGGAGCUACGUACUCUCCAGAAUAUAUGCCCAGCCCCCUCCACUGUAACCACGCUUUGGGCUCCAUCGCCCUCACCCAGUCCCCGGGCGUCUCCAUGAUCCCCUCUGUGACCAGCUGCUCUCCUUCCCCAGCAUACUACUCCCCCCCUGCCUUCCACGCCCUCCACCCCAACCUGCAUGCCCAUCUGGGCCAGCUCUCCCCUCCCCCUGAGCACCCAGCUUUUGAUGCCCUGGAUCAACUGAGCCAGGUGGAACUCUUGGGGGACAUGGACCGCAAUGAAUUUGACCAGUAUUUGAACACUCCCGGCCAUCCAGACUCCACGGGGGGCAUCAGUGUCAAUGGACCCGCCUCCCAGGUGACGCCAGGGGGGCCCCCGGAGACCAGCCUCAUCUCGGUUCUGGCUGACGCCACAGCGACCUACUACAACAGCUACAGCGUCUCCUAGGCCCCGUGCCCGGGCAGCUGCUGGCCUUCUCCUCUGUGCGGACUUGGCUGAGUGCAGAGACUAAACAGUGUUACCGGCCGCUUGCCUCCACCCGGCGCCGCGGAGCGUUCCCUCCGACUGGGUCCCAGUCUGAGCUGACCGAUCCGAGCCUGCUUCGCCCUGUAGAGAAAUGAACUUCUGCUGAUCCGCUUUCCCUUCUUCACAACUUGACUAGUUCCACUUUUCUUCAACCUCCUCUCUGAGAACCUGGCUUCUUGAUUCUCUCUACUAUCUGAGGCGGCAAUCUAAGUCUCCUAUUUAGGCUAUGGAAGACUGAAAUUUUUUCUGACUUUUCCCUCUUCUUCCCAUCAUAUGAAAAAUGAGAGCUCCACUCCAUCUUUGGGAAUCCAUCCAUUGUGCUCCUUUCCCUGCCCCAGACACAGGCUUGCAGUGCCAACUUAAAAAAAGUGUAAAAAACCUCACAAACUGGACAACGACAGCAGCUGGGAUUUGGGAAAUUGUUGGUUAAAGGUUUAUGGAAAAUAAGAAAGCAAAGGUGCAAGAAAAAUCAGUUAACUAAAGGUAGUUGUUAUAUAUAUAUAUGCGGGUGGAAAUACAAAAAUCCAUGAAAACAGACACAAUCGCUUAUGUAUCCGAAGAUGACCUUUGGGUUGUCUCAUAUACCUAUGUUACACACAUAAACAAUGUUCUGGAAUACCUACACCAAAACCCCAAGCCUGUCAUAACCAGAAGGUCUGUGAAGCAGAUUAGGACCAAACAGACUUACUUUCUUCCACUGUCGGAACUCAUGGGAUCUAUGUACCGUAUUUUGUUAUAGUCCUCUCUGUAUAGGAAGGUUCUCCUCAUCUCUUGUCUGUAUCUCUGUCUUGCUUGCUUUCUCUUUCUCUCCAUAUCUCCUUUGCCUCCCAAGGAAAUAUACUCACCCUCUUUGGAAGAUUUUAUGAGCCCUGUUUUCAUCCUACAGACAUUUCCAGCCUUCUUCAAAGUCUCCUUUGAAAGAAUAUAUUCAACACUGAGCAACAAGACCACUGAUUGUCUUUCAAUUUCAGUGUAUUAUUGCUUAUCAGGAACCUGUAAAUGAUUAUAUAUUCUUCCUCAAUUUCCCCCAUAUUUUGUAUUGUUAAAGUUUCUUUUUCUCUUCCAUGAAAAGUUUUAUUGUAAAUCAAUUAUAAAACAUGAUUGAUCUUCAUGUUAUUACUGCAUAUGAAAUUUGAUAAUAAAUAAUAAAUAGUUGUAGCUAUGAUUGACUGAUGUGCAAUCUUGAAUGUGUAUUAUCUUUUUAAACACUACAGUUAUUAAGCUAAAAUGUUCCAUCUUUUAUGAGUGAUGUUUGCUUUGGAACAGCUGUGUAGAUAUGAUUUGUUAAAAAUAUUUAAUUUAAAUAAACAAUUUUUUUACCAUGAUGAUUUUAUCAUUUGAAUUUGAAUUUUGCCCCCAGAAUGCAAAAAUAUGAUUUUCAUGAGAGAAACAUUUAUUAUGUUUAUUGUGUGCAACUUUUGUAUGUACUAUUAGUCAAAAUCUUUUCUACGUCAACUUUUUUAAAAAAUAAAAUAUUUGUGGUAUAUUUACAA